CCAGGAGGAGAAGCCAUCUUUCUCAUAGGGUUGUGAGACAGACAGGGCUGUGAGUGAGACAGCACAGGUACAGCUCCUGGAAUUAGGCCAGCACAUAUUAGAUGCUCAGUAAAUGUAACCAUUAUUUUUUCCCAACAUUCUUACAUCCCACUUUCCACUCACCCCCUCCUCUCUUUUCCUGUCUGUGCAAUACAAAGGCAUUCCAGAUGAGUUCCCAGGGCAGCUGGAGGCAAAUGAAUUCCAGGGUGCACUUCCCAGCACUAUGAUACCUCUGAGAUACCACCAUCUUCUGGUUCUUUCUUCACUGGGGCUGCUGCCUAAGUUCCCAGAACUCCCCUGAAAACUUCUGAUGGGAAAGGCAAUGGGACAAUUCCCAACUCCUUCUCUGCUAUCACUGUGCUACUCUAGGACAGCUGCAGUCCUGCCCUCCCAGGUUCGCAAAGGGAGGUUACAGAUUCUCUGGGGACUUAUCUAAAUUGGAAGCUCUAAAGACUUCUACAAAUGCUUUCUCUAUUUUUUUUUAAGUAGAUUAGGGAAGCUGGCAAAUGGGUCUUCGUAAAUACAGAGGGACAAAAUAUGAUUCGAUUUUUUCAUUAGAUUUCUGCAUGAGUAGAGGUACAGUGCUCCGUCUUACGUGUUGUAUGGUGGGGCGGGAUGUGUUUUCUCAUCAGUGAAAUGCACUGCGCAGAUCACCUCCGGUAAACUGAAAUGAGAAAAGCUGAUUGCGGAGGUGGAGGGGGUGUGGUAUUAGGGUGUUGGUGCUUGUUUAGGGGGCCGCGAUUGUGAAUGCGAGCAAGGGAGAGGCGUGCCAGGCGAGCGCGGGAAAGAUUACUGGUGAGGCGAGUGUGUGGCUAUUUCCACAGAGCCCUGGCUCGCGGCAGCCCCUGGCUGGGCGAGGGGUGUGAUGUGAGAGUGGGGUGGGAGGGGGCAGCAGGCGGGGCCUGCCACGUCACUUGGAGAGUGAGUGUUGGGAAGGAAGGGCAGAGCGGAGAGCCGAGCCGCUGCAGCUGCAGCGGCUGCAGCGAAGGCUUGAGCGGUGGGGAGGUGGGUCCCUGAGUCCCGGCGCCCGGGCAGCCGCAGGGCCCUCUGCGAGGCCUGCAGCGCAACUCACAGGGAGGAGGUGGCGGCUGUGGCGGCGGGAACGGCGACCUUGGCCAGACGGAGCCCGCGGUGCACGUAGGGCGGAGGCCGAGCCCCGCCAGGAGUCUCUGCCGAGCCGGAGGGAGGCGCAUCUGGCGCUUCGCUCCCAGCGGCAGCCAGGGGGCUUGAGCGCCUGGAGAAACGCAGUGGGAGCCGGGAAGAGCUAACCCGUCCGGAGGGCGGACCCCCGCUUCUUGGAGCCCAGUCUGAGGCACGGCAGGGGGAGAAGCCACGCGUCUUUUCGGGCAGCCCGUUUCACACGCGCCAGUUUGCGGUUCCAGGUAUCCCAGUAAGCUGUGGCACCCAAGAACGGGUAUCUGGAGGCGCGGAGCUGAAUCCUCUGCGUCCGGGUCCCCUCCCCAGACCUAGCCUCGCAGAGACCAGGGCUUUGGGGCUCACAGACCCAGCGGCCAGGCCAGACCGCGAGCUCGGAGGAGCGCGAGCCCCACCCUACACAGAAGGCACCGCUGAGAGCCUGGAAGAGGUGCCGCGCUCCAGAGGUUGUGUCGUGGGCGCCGUCCUAGUGGCGGGGAGCGCACCGCGGAGGAGACAUGAGGUCGGAGAAAUCCCUGACGCUGGCGGCGCCGGGGGAGGUCCGUGGGCCGGAGGGGGAGCAACAGGAUGCGGGAGAUUUCCCGGAGGCCGGCGGGGGCGGGGGCUGCUGUAGUAGCGAGCGCCUGGUGAUCAAUAUCUCCGGGCUGCGCUUCGAGACCCAACUGCGCACCCUGUCGCUGUUUCCCGACACGCUGCUGGGAGACCCCGGUCGCAGAGUCCGCUUCUUCGAUCCCCUGAGGAACGAGUACUUCUUCGACCGCAACCGGCCCAGCUUCGACGCCAUCCUCUACUACUACCAGUCCGGGGGCCGCCUGCGGAGGCCGGUCAACGUGCCCCUGGACAUCUUCCUGGAGGAGAUCCGCUUCUACCAGCUGGGGGAUGAGGCCCUGGCGGCCUUCCGGGAGGACGAGGGCUGCCUGCCCGAAGGUGGCGAGGACGAGAAGCCACUGCCUUCCCAGCCCUUCCAGCGCCAGGUCUGGCUUCUCUUCGAGUAUCCCGAGAGCUCAGGUCCCGCUAGGGGCAUCGCCAUCGUCUCCGUGUUGGUCAUUCUUAUCUCCAUCGUGAUUUUUUGCUUGGAGACCUUGCCCCAGUUCCGUGCAGAUGGUCGAGGUGGAAGCAAUGGUGUGAGCAGAGACUCCCCAAUUUCCAGGGGUAGUCAGGAGGAAGACGAGGAUGAAGAUGAUUCCUAUACCUUUCAUCCUGGCAUCCCCCCGGGGGGCAUGGUGGCAGGUGGCUCAUCCUCACUAAGUACUCUUGGGGGCUCUUUCUUUACUGACCCGUUCUUUCUGGUGGAAACCCUGUGCAUAGUUUGGUUCACUUUUGAGCUCCUGGUUCGCUUUUCUGCCUGCCCCAGCAAGCCAGCCUUCUUUCGCAACAUCAUGAACAUCAUUGACUUGGUGGCCAUCUUUCCCUACUUCAUCACCCUGGGCACUGAGCUGGUACAGCAGCAGGAGCAGCAGUCAGCUAGUGGAGGCGGCGGCCAGAAUGGGCAGCAGGCCAUGUCCCUGGCCAUCCUCAGAGUGAUCCGCCUGGUCCGGGUGUUCCGCAUCUUCAAGCUCUCCCGCCACUCCAAGGGGCUGCAGAUCCUGGGCAAGACCUUGCAGGCUUCCAUGCGGGAGCUGGGCCUGCUUAUCUUCUUCCUCUUCAUCGGAGUCAUCCUCUUCUCCAGUGCCGUCUACUUCGCAGAGGCUGAUGAUGAUGAUUCACUCUUUCCCAGCAUCCCAGAUGCCUUCUGGUGGGCUGUGGUUACAAUGACCACGGUAGGCUAUGGAGACAUGUACCCCAUGACGGUGGGGGGCAAGAUCGUGGGCUCGCUGUGUGCCAUCGCUGGGGUGCUCACCAUCGCCCUGCCUGUGCCCGUCAUUGUCUCCAACUUCAACUACUUCUACCACCGGGAGACGGAGCAGGAGGAGCAAGGCCAGUAUACCCAUGUCACUUGUGGGCAGCCUACACCAGACCUGAAGGCAGCUGACAGUGGACUUGGCAAGCCUGAAUUCUGUGAGACCACUAGGGAACGGAGACCCAGUUACCUUCCCCCUCCACAUCGGGCAUAUGCAGAGAAAAGGAUGCUCACUGAGGUUUGACUGAUGCAGGCAGGAAUGAAUGAAA